AUGGAAUCUGAUUUAACCGCAUUUGUACUGUUCCCUGAAUUAUUGUCCCAUGAAACACUAGUAAAAAUAUUGAAACAUAAAUUUGGUAAAAUAAAUGCUAAUCCGUAUAGGAUUGAAAGAUGGGAUGACAAUGAGCUGAUAGACUAUGCAAAACGUUUUUUAAUGCCAAAACCACAAAGAGAGUGCCGGGAAAAUCAGCAUGUUCAUGGAGGUCUUCGGGAUGACAUUAGUUGUCGGCUGAAUUCGUGCAGAAGAUGCAAAAAUUUUGAUAACUGUGGGCUUGUUGAUCUAAACGAACCAACAUCAUCUGCAGUCCCAACAAAUCAUGCCCUGCUGGUUGAUUCGGCGACUAUUCUUCGAUUCUAUGAUAUCCUCUCCGACCGCAGAUUCAAGAACAUUAUUGUCACACAAACAGUGUGGGAAAACGUUAAGAAUUCAAAUGCAUCAGCUUACCAGGCAUUGUAUUCGCUUUGUUACGAGUCUGGGUCAAGGAACUGGGCUGUAUUUAUGAAUGACUUUCACAAGGAUACCCAUGUUGACGAGAUGCCUGGUGAAACUGCGGAACAAAGACUGGAACGAUCUUUUCUGAAAUGCGCUCGUUUUUACGACUCUCAUUGGGACGGGUACAAGAUUAAAAUCGUUUUGGUAUGCUCUGACGAGAUAGUUCGUGAUCGGCUGCGACAACACUUUCCCAGAAUUAUCACUCUGAAAGAGUAUAUACUUGGUCAGUCUGGCAUGGCAGAUAAUGAGGACUUAUUGCGUGAAGUGUGUGCGGACGAAGAUUACGGUGAACCACAGCCGAAGAAAUCUCGACUUGGUGAUUGCGUUCCUACCGGCCGUGUCAUAGGGUUAAGAGGAGAAAUUUUUAGCAACCUUGCAAAUUAG